UGGGACAAGUAAGGAAUAAAUAGGAAGACAUCCACGUAGUCUGUCUUGCAUCACAAUUGUGCAUCUGCGCUCAGUUCUCAAUGUAUUCGUUUGGCUGGUAGGACUUCGUGUUUAUUUGAGGACCUAAGAGUUGUCGUAUUGGCGGACGAAGGCGCCAAAGCCAACGCCGGUGCUGUUUAUUGAAAGGGAGCGGACUAAAAUGGAGCUGGAAGACGGAGUUGUGUACCAGGACGACCCGGGGACAUCAGCGAUGAUGUCUGAGCGGGUGUCGGGCCUGGCCAGCUCCAUCUACCGCGAGUUCGAGCGGCUCAUCGGGAAAUACGACGAGGACGUGGUGAAGGAGCUGAUGCCGCUGGUCGUGGCCGUGCUGGAGAACCUGGACUCGGUGUUCGCGGAGAACCAGGAGCACGAAGUGGAGCUGGAGCUUUUGAAAGAGGACAACGAGCAGCUCAUCACCCAGUACGAGCGCGAGAAAGCGCUGAGGAAGCACGCGGAGGAGAGGUUCAUGGAGUUUGAAGACACUCACGAGCAGGAAAAGAAGGACCUGCAGAACCACGUGGACAGAAUGGAGUCUCACUCCAGGCAGCUGGAGCUGAAGAUCAAGAACUACUCAGACCAGAUCAGCAGGUUAGAAGAACGAGAGCUGGAGCUCAAGAAGGACUUCAACACCCUGCAUCAGAGACACUCAGAGAUGAUUCAUAAUUACAUGGAGCACGUUGAGAGGAUCAAAAUGCAGCAGGUCAGUGAGACUUCAGAGUCCAGCGCUGUCGGCCGGGUCAGGAGGGAGCGUCCUCUUUCUUUGGGGAUUUUUCCUUCAUCUGGUCGGACAUCGCUGAUUAUCCCGGACCUCCAGAACAAAGCAGAAACUUCAGCCACAGAGGGCUGGAGGCUCACAGACUCAUCGCAGCCUCGGUCCAACACCAGCCUAAAGCAGUUGGACUUUGACGACCCCCCAAAGGAAAGGGAGGGUAAGGGUGCGCAGGACCCUCCUUGGGGGAAUUCACUGGCAGACGCCUGCAAGGAUGAGUUGUUGGACUUUAGUGGCUCCAAGUUAGCUUCAGCUUCGGCGUCCAGCCAGUCAGACGUGAAAAGGGAAGACGGGAGUAAAAAGAGCGCAGAGGUGCAGGCUGUUACAGGGACCAGAUCCACUUCCGUGGGCUUGCCUGAAAACGAAGACAGCUCAGACGUUCAGGACAUCAUCGAGUCCACGCCUGAGCUGGACUUGGAUCUCAUCGGGUACAAACCUUGCAGCACUCCCACUAAAGGCAUCGAGAACAUGGCAUUUGACCGCAACACAAACUCCCUGUUUGAGGAGCUCUCAUCUGCAGGCACUGACCUUAUAGGAGAUGUGGAUGAAGGAGCUGAUCUACUAGUGGAGUACUCUGACCUUAGUUUGAUUGGAAUGGGCCGGGAGGUUGAGAAUCUCAUUCAAGAGAAUUCACAGCUGCUGGAGACAAAGAAUGCCUUAAACGUGGUGAACAAAGACCUGAUACUGAAGGUGGAUGAGCUGACCUGUGAGAAGGAGAUGCUGCAGGGGGAGCUAGAGUCCGUGCUGCAGGCCAAGAUCAAGUUGGAGGAGAGGAACAAGGAGAUGGAGGAAGAACUCAAGAAAGUACGGCUGGAGAUGGAGGAUGUGAAACAAAAAAGCAAAGAUGAAGAGGAUGGCGACGUACCCACAGCUCAGAGGAAGCGCUUCACCAGAGUGGAGAUGGCAAGAGUGUUGAUGGAGAGGAACCAGUACAAAGAGCGGCUGAUGGAGCUGCAGGAGGCUGUGCGGUGGACGGAGAUGAUCAGGGCUUCAAGGGAGAAUCCAGCUCUGACAGAAAAGAAGAAAUCAAGCAUCUGGCAGUUCUUCAGCCGACUGUUUAGCUCCUCCUCCAGUGCCCCCACCAUGAAGAAAGUCGACUUCCAGUCGAACAUGAAGUACAACUCGCCGGGCAGCUUGGUGAAGAGGAGCAGCACCUUCUCCCAGUUCCCAACGGAGAAGUCGAAGAUUUUUGAUUUCGUCAAUGAAGGGGCAGAGCAGUGCAGCUCCCCCUCGCGUAAGGAGCAAAAGAAAGCCCAGUACCAGCAGGUCAAAGCCCACAUGCAGAAGGAGGACGGGCGCGUCACCGUACACGGCUGGAGCCUUCCUGGCAAACACAAGGCGGCAAACGGUGGUCAGCUGGGAAACAAGAUGAACUUACCCGUCCCAGUUUACCUACGCCCUCUGGAUCACAAAGAUGCUUCCAUGAAGCUGUGGUGUGCAGCAGGGGUCAACAUGUCAGGGGGGAGGACGUUCCCUCCAGAGAGUAAGCAAAUAAAAGGCUCUCAGAGCAGCCUGGACCAGCUGGAGCAGGACAGCAAGGACCAGGAGAAAGAAGAGAAGGAUGUGGAGGAGGUCUCCAAUAGGGUGUGGGUAUGCAUGAGCACCCACUCCUCCACCAAGGUGUUGGUGCUGGAUGCCACCCAACCCUCAGACCUGCUGGACAGCUUCUAUGCUUGUAACACACAUGUUGUUUGCAUCGCUAGUGUUCCGGGCGUGUUAGAAACAGAUUAUCCAGCAGGCGAGUCAAUACCCCAAGACCCAGAGUUUUUCCAAAGUGACUCGGUGUCGUUAGCUGGGAGUUUGGCUAGCGUUGGCUCAACGGGAAGUGACGGAACCGGGGCGGUGGAGGGCGUCACCGCUGUCCCACAGACAGCCAGCUCGGGUGCCAGUGAGCAGCCCACAGAGUACGGCGCCACAUCAGAGUCGGUUCAGCUCUCCUCAGAGACCAGUCCUGCAAAGGAUGGUGUUCCCACGGCGGAAGAGGCCACAGAGGCCACAGAGGCAAACGCUGGUGUGGGGGAAGAUGGAGAGGAGGACCAAGGGACAGAUCCAAACCAGGCAGGAAUCUACACUGAACACGUUUUCACUGACCCUCUGGGGGUGGGACCCACUGAGUGCUUUGCAGAUGAAACCCAGAGGGGCUCUGGGGAGGGCGGUUUGACGUCCCAGUCCGAAGAUUUGGACUCGUCUGAGGCUGAAACGCUGAGGAUGAGCAGCGCGCUUCCCACCAUGUGGCUGGGAGCUCAGAAUGGAUGCCUUUACGUGCACUCAUCUGUGGCUCGAUGGAGGAAGUGUCUCCACGCCAUCAAGCUGAAAGAUUCCAUCCUCAGCAUUGUGCAUGUUAAAGGAAGGGUUCUGGUAGCCUUGGCUGAUGGGACUUUGGCAAUUUUCCACAGAGGCAUUGAUGAUCAGUGGGAUCUGACCAACUACCACCUGCUGGACCUGGGUCGGCCACACCACUCAAUCCGCUGCAUGACGGUGGUGCACGACAAGGUGUGGUGCGGCUACAGAAACAAGAUCUAUGUCAUUCAGCCCAAGGCUAUGAGGAUAGAGAAGUCUUUCGAUGCUCAUCCCCGCAAAGAAAGCCAAGUGCGACAGCUGGCUUGGGUUGGAGACGGGAUCUGGGUGUCCAUUCGUCUGGAUUCAACUUUACGUCUAUUUCACGCCCACACCUACCAGCACCUACAAGACGUGGACAUCGAGCCAUACGUCAGCAAAAUGCUGGGUACUGGUAAACUGGGCUUUUCAUUUGUAAGGAUCACAGCUCUCGUCAUGUCUUGUAGCCGUUUGUGGGUGGGAACGGGAAAUGGAGUCAUCAUCUCCAUUCCUCUGUCUGAAGCUAACAAGACAACAGGAAUAGUGCCAAACCGGCCCGGCGCCGCAGUGCGGGUCUACGGGGACGAGAGCUCGGACUGCGCCGCUCCAGGCGGCUUUGUGCCGUACUGCUCCAUGGCCCACGCCCAGCUGUGUUUCCACGGACACCGAGAGGCCGUCAAGUUUUUUGUGACCGUCCCAGGUCAGGCAAUGCCACCUCCAGGCUGUGCAGAUUCAGGCUCCGAUGACCCUGCGUCAGAAUCCUCAGAAAUAACAUCUUCUGAGCCCAAAACGUACCUGGUCAUGAGUGGAGGAGAAGGCUACAUAGACUUCAGAAUUGGCGAUGAAGGCGGUGAGUUGGACGGUUUGUCCGAGUCGACGGGCAGCCAACAGUUGGCGCCCACCAAGGCGGAGCAGAGCCACCUGAUCGUUUGGCAGGUCACCACUUCUCAUGACUGAAGGACCAGACGGCAGUGCCAACACGGGGGGCGACUAACCCUGCAUGCCCUCCUCAAAGCUCUGACUUUUAUUUAACUAGUUGUUCCUUAUGCCCAAGUAAACAGCUUUGUAAAAAAAACCUGUAAUUAUUUUUAGUCCAUGAUUUUGUACCAUUUAUUUUUAACACCAGCUCUGAUGUUUCUGUCAAAUCCGUCCGGACGUUCCAUCUGUAGGAAUCUGAAAGUGGAAAGAAAAGUAUUUCUCAAAUAUUUGUCGUAAUGGAUAAAGCGCUUAUUUAUUUUGUCUGAUAGAGAAACUGGUGAAAAUUACCCAGAAUGCCAGGUUUGCACUGAGUCACAUGCAGUGUUUUUUGUUUGUUGCAGGUUUUCAUGUUUUAGAAGCGCCCUCCUCUCUUCCUCGGCUCUGUUAAAGCAGAACCUUUGUGAAUCGAUGCUGCCAGUCUCACCAGCUCAGUGCUUCCUGUUCGCUUCAGCUAGUUGGCACUUUAAGACGUUAGUCGUUAGAAAUGUGAAGGAACAAACGCUUGUAAACUACACUGCUGUGUCCUAAUGGUGCGAAGGGAACGCAUGUACAUUUCAGUUUAGAAAAGGAGGUCAAAGUAACCAAAGGAUGGAAGAAGACGAUUCACCACGUAACUGUUAAGAGUUGUGCGUUUGGAAAUGACGUGUACAUUUUCAGGGCAUUGUUGGAAAUAUGCUUGAAGAAAGGGAAAUCAUUCAAAUGAAUUUCCUUUGUAGUGGACAUAGCAAAGCAUGGAAGAGUGUCUCUCCUGGCUGCUUCAUUUUUUCAUGUAUUUUUCUUUUAUUUUCUGAGACAUUUCAUUCAGUAAUAAGCAGUAUGAUUACUCACUGUAACCUAACCACAUCAUGUCAUUACUAGAAAUAUCUUUUUAUUUGUUUUUAUACAAAGAAAUUGGGCCAUGUUUGGUCUAAAGUCCAUUUCUAUGAUCUGUUUGCCAUUCCAGUAUUUAUUUUCAUUGUUAUGGAGCUCUUCUGGGCUCAGAAUGUAACUUUCUACUCAAUUAAAUAUCAUAGGAGGGUAUUCUGAACAAAAUAGUCAGAUGAGUUUACAUCAUUGUUAAUAGUAAAAUAAAAGAAGUUCAUGACAUAAUUUUGGAAACUUGAUGGUUUUCUUGAAAAAAAGAAUCAUUUAUGAAACUAUGCAUGUUUAUUUUUUUAAGGGAUCACAGCUCUGUUGUCUGCUAAAUCUGUUUUUGCCACUAAUUCGACAGGAUUGGAUGAAGUGGGUGUGUGCAUUUGAAAACAUGUGUUUCUGAUUUUCCAAGUGAGACAGUUGUGUGUGUGUUUGUGUGUGUGCUGUAUGUGUGUUUUCAGUGCUACAUCUGUAAAAACUCCCAGACUGUUCGGAUGAAGCCUUUGUACUCAGCUUCUCCGGAGACAGUGACAGUGAUUCUUCAUAGUCAAUGUUUGCUAAAACAUGAUCAUAGCCUUAUUUUUUAACAAUCAAAUAAACCCGGUUUCAUGGAGAUCAA